GUUUGAUCUUGCUAUUCUAUCUGGUGUUCUAUGGCUUCCUAGCAGCACUCUUCACAUUCACAAUGUGGGUUAUGCUUCAGACACUGAGCAGUGAUAUACCAAAAUAUCGUGACCGGAUUUCUAGUCCAGGGCUUAUGAUUUCGCCAAAGCCAGACACUGCAUUGGAAUUUUACUUUAACAAGAGUGACAGUGACUCGUAUUCAGAAUAUGUUGAGACACUUAAAACUUUCCUUGCCUCAUAUAAUGAGUCAAAGCAGUCCCAAAAUAUAGACUGUACACCAGGAAAGAUUUUUGAUCAGGAUGAUGCUGCUGUUAAAAAGGCAUGUCGGUUCAACCUCUCUGACCUUGGACAGUGCUCUGGAAAGGAUGAUACGAAUUUUGGGUAUUCUAAAGGAACUCCCUGUGUGCUUGUGAAAAUGAACAGAAUAAUCGGAUUAAAGCCUGAAGGAGAACCACAUAUACAGUGUACACCUAAGGAAGAAGGCACGGUUGAGAUAAACUAUUUUCCUCGUCAUGGCAUGAUUGACUUGAUGUACUUCCCAUACUAUGGGAAAAGCUUGCAUGCUCACUAUUUACAGCCUCUAGUGGCUGUUCAACUAGCAAUUAACAGUACCAAAGAAGAAAUAGCAAUUGAGUGUAAGAUCCUGGGCUCACCUAAUUUAAAAAACGAAGAUGACCGUGACAAGUUUCUGGGACGAAUUGCCUUCAAAGUUCAGAUGACUGAAUAGCUGGAGUACACAUUCUCCACAAAGUAAAUGUUGUGUUGUCUGUUUUGUGUCAGCUGGACAUGCCAUUCUAGGAUAUGAGACCACCUUGGAGAAUGUUAAGGUGGUUUAUGGCGUUCAGGGUAGCAUAAUAAUAUGCUUCCAAAUUGUAUGUUUAAAAUCCCUUAAAAUAAAUGCCUAUCCUGCUUCUGCCUGCCCCAUUGGAACAGUGUACAGACUAUAGUUAUGUCAUAGGGACCUGUAAAUAGCUGUUUUCAAACACAUAAUAAUGGUGACCUUUGUCCUGUUCUAAAAAUGUGGUUUUAUCCCCCAAGUGAGUGUCUCAAGCUUAAUGUGCUGUGCUAUGUAAAUAUUGUAUUGAUUUAACACUGGUUUAACUGUCAUAUCUCAAUGCUGACACAGUUAGAGGGAUAAAUAAUAAAUGGUACCUGAUUGACAUAGUGAUUCCUUUGUAAGAGAAAACACCUGCAGCAUAAAUGGUGUGUGUGGGACUGGGUGGGUGGAUGGCUGGCUGUGUGGAGAUGCCUUAAAUUGUAGACUGGGUGGCAUGGGAGAAUUGAAAUGGAUUUUAAGAGCUGGUAUGGAUUUCUGAAAGUAAGUGCUCAACUAGUACUUCCUUGUGCUUGUCACUGUGCAAGUAUCGUGUACAUGUAGUACUUGGUAUAGAGUUUGGUGUUCUAGCUGAAGAAUUGAACCUUUCUUUGUGUUGUUAAUUGCUUGUAAUAUGUGGAGCACAAAUAAAAUCUAUACAAUAUUUUAAAACUUUUUAGUUCAGAAAUAUCAAUAGAAAACAAUUUGAAUUGUUUAGGGUCCUGGUAACAGCUGUACAACAGAGCUGCUUGAAAGAAGUGGCCUCACUAUUGUGGGAAUAGGCUUUCAUUUUCCAGUUAAAAAUUUUCCUGAAGAACCUCUGUUUAAG